UUCCGCAUGCGCAGUAGCUGAGGGAGGUUUGUCGGGUGUCCACAGACGUCCUAGUGACAAGAAGGAAGUCGUACUGGACGCCACGAGGGACCUGUUGCUUAAUAACGCUUUUUUGGGGGGUUAUCCCUGAAGUGUCUUUCGCCUAACUUUGUUGCAGGCUUGUCACCGUAAGGUUUGUCAUGGCUUCCAGUCACACUGUGUUGAUGCGUUUGGUAGCCUCAGCGUACUCCAUUGCUCAAAAGGCAGGAACGAUAGUCAGACGUGUUAUUGCCGAAGGAGACCUGGGUAUUGUGGAGAAGACCUGUCCAACGGACCUGCAGACCAAAGCUGACCGACUGGCACAAAUGAGCAUAUGCUCCUCACUGGCGCGGAAAUUCCCCAAACUAACAAUCAUAGGGGAAGAGGAUCUGCCCGCCGAAGAAGUGGAUCAAGAGCUGAUUGAAGAUGGUCAGUGGGAAGAAAUACUCAAGCAGCCGUGCCCGUCACAGUACAGGACUAUUAAAGAGGAAGACCUUGUGGUCUGGGUUGAUCCUCUGGACGGUACCAAAGAAUAUACUGAAGGUCUUCUUGACAAUGUAACAGUUCUUAUUGGAAUUGCUUAUGAAGGGAAAGCCAUAGCAGGAGUUAUUAACCAGCCAUAUUACAACUACCAGAACAAUGGAAAGCAGAAGUUAAGGGAACACAGGCAUGAAGCAAAGGCAGGACCAGAUGCUGUGUUGGGAAGGACAAUCUGGGGAGUUUUAGGUUUAGGUGCCUUUGGGUUUCAGCUGAAAGAAGUGCCUUCUGGGAAACACAUUAUCACGACCACCCGAUCCCAUAGCAACAAGCUGGUGACGGACUGUGUUACUGCCAUGAACCCUGAUGAUGUGCUGCGAGUGGGAGGAGCAGGAAAUAAGAUUAUUCAGCUGAUUGAAGGCAAAGCCUCUGCUUAUGUAUUUGCAAGUCCUGGAUGUAAGAAGUGGGAUACCUGUGCUCCGGAAGUUAUUUUACAUGCUGUGGGAGGCAAGUUAACCGACAUUCAUGGAAAUGCCCUUCAGUACAACAAGGAAGUGAAGCACAUGAACUCUGCAGGCGUCCUGGCCACGCUGAGGAAUUAUGACUACUACGCAAGUCGAGUUCCUGAAUCUGUUAAAAACGCACUUGUUCCUUAGAGGGACAUCUUGUUUACUUGGCCAGAGAAGGACUUGGUUCUCAAAAUUAUAGAUUUUAAAACGAGUCAGAGGGCAUGAGGAGCUCCACCUUUACUCAGUGAUGAUCAGCGAUUUAUAUUUAAUGACUUGGGAGCAGAAAAUCGAAUUUUAAAAUUUCUUGAAUCAUUAAUCAACCAGACCACUUUUGACAUCUGGAGAAUUUGUAAAGCCUGUCACUUUUCUUUUCCUCCUUUUAUUUGGAGAAAUGAAAGGAAGAUUCAGUUCCAACUGACUACCCUGGUCAACUGUUUAAUCCACAUUCCUAGUGUAUAAACCAGAUUCCUUUAGGGCACAGAAGCACAAGUUGUUAUCUGAAUCUCAUUUUUGUUUUUCACAAUAAUGUUCCAAGUUUUCCAGGUAUGAAUACAAUAAAAUGUCCUUAUGUAUGUUGAUGAAACAGA